GUGAUGGAAAGUGGAGAUUGUGACCAAGUGCAGCGAGUUUUGGGACAUGAAAGUGAGAAAAAAAGUUCCCACGACCAUUAUAUGCAACCUGGCACUCAGCGUGGUUCUCCGAAAGAUACUUUAGGAAACACAAUUUCAUUUCCGCCAGAGUGAGUCCGCCCUACCGUCUCGUUCUUCCAACCUUUUUCAGUUUCGCCGUCAAGGCUUCUUCGCCGUUCUUCGCAAAUCCUAGCUCGCAUCAGGCACGAUCACACUUUCGUUCUGCCAAAACCACCAAUCAGAACUUUUAAGUAUGGAUUUCGAUCAAGCCGACUUAGAUCGACUAUUGUUGUUCGAGCACGCUCGGAAUACAGCCGAAGCCAUGUAUGCCAAAGAUCCCAACGACGCCGACAACCUCACGAAAUGGGGAGGGGCAUUGCUUGAAUUAGCAGGGUUUCAGAGUGUUUCAGACUCAAAGAAGAUGAUCAAAGAUGCUAUUUCGAAGCUGGAAGAGGCAUUGGUCAUUAAUCCAACGAAACAUGAGGCUCUAUGGUGCCUGGGAAAUGCUCACACCUCUCAAGCAUUGCUGACUCCAGACCUGGACGAGGCAAAGAUUUAUUUUGGCGAAGCAUCUUUGUAUUUCAAAAAAGCAGUAAAUGAGGAUCCGGGGAACGAGCUUUAUGUCAAGUCAUUAGAAGUUGCAGCCAAGGGACCGGAAAUGCACAUGGAAUUCCAUAAGCAGGGAAUCAGUCAAGAAGCAACCAGUGGAGUAUCGUCCACUUCCAGUGCUAGGAGUUCCAAGAAGAAGAAGAGCAAUGAUCUAAAAUAUGAUGUAUUUGGAUGGAUAAUUCUUGCUGUUGGAGUUGUUGUCUGGGUGGGAAUGGCAAAAUCCCAUCUUCCUUCUCCCCCGCCAAAUAAGUGACAAAUUUAAAUCCAUCAUGGAAGUAACUUGGGUCUCUGAACAGCUGGCAGCAAGUUUGGCAGUGAGGUUGAGGUAUUGACUUACUGGUUCACCAAGCUCAGAUGUGAAGUAGCUCAAGCAUCGCACAGGGUAUGACAUCAAUGUGUUCAUGACUCAGCCAUGUUAUCCUGGUGCUAAUGUAAUAUUGAUUUUCUUUUGAAAAUUUUGGCUAUAUAGCCAUUUGUUGUUUGCUUUUUAUGGUUUGAUCAAGCCUUAAUUUUUUUUUUUUUCACUUGAGUAGAUUCGUGAAGGGUUCUAUCAGAACCGUCACCUGGAAAUUUUGGGCUUAAAAAUUAGAGAAAUAUUGCAUUUUAGAUCCAUGAUUUCAUCCCAAAA